GAAGGGAUGAAGCAAGAAAAGACUCAGAGGAAGGAUUUCCUGGAGAAUAUCAGUGUUCUGCAAGCGGUGCUGACACUCCCCCUCUUUGGUCCGGCUUGUAUUGGGUUGAUGGUGUACCUUAUGUUUACGUCUCUGUGGCUGCUGCCUACUCUCUACUUCAUAUGGCAGUUAAAGGACCGGCACACACCUGAAAGAGGGGGUAGGAGAACUGCAUUUGUGAGAAACUGGAAAGUGUGGAAGCACGUAAGGGACUACUUCCCAAUGAAGUUGGUGAAAACGGCGGAGUUGAACCCAAAUAAGAACUACAUCUUAGGGUGUCAUCCUCAUGGGGUCUUGAGUCUCGGAGCAUUUACUACUUUCACCACGGAGGCCUGUGGCUUUAUGGACCUCUUCCCUGGGGUGCGCUCCUGUCUCUGCAUCCUGAGUGGCCUCUUCAAGAUCCCCCUCUACAGGGAAUAUGUCAUGGCCACAGGUUGUUGUCCAGUCAGCAAGCCCAGUCUCAAGCACCUUCUGUCUAAAAGUGGGAAAGGCAAUGCGCUGGUGAUUAUUAUAGGGGGCGCUGCUGAGUCUCUGCUGAGUCUGCCUGGGGUCAACGCUGUAGUUAUGAAGCAGAGGAAAGGCUUCGUCAAAGUGGCCCUGGAGUUUGGGGCUGACCUGGUGCCCGUCUACUCGUAUGGGGAAAACGAUAUGUUCCGCCAGGUGAUCUUCUCAGAAGGCAGUGUGGGCUGGAGGUUACAGCAACUCUGUAAGAGGAUCAUGGGAUUUGCCCCUUGUCUGUUCAUGGGUGAACGCUGGUUAUGGAUGCCUUACCACUGCCCUGUCACCAUUGUCGUGGGUAGUCCUAUCCCAGUGCCAAAGAGGCCUUCUCCCACUCAGGAGGAGGUGGACCACUAUCAUGGCCUAUACAUGGAGUCCCUGGCCAAGCUCUUCAAUGAGCACAAAGUCAGCUGUGGACUCUCAGACAGCCAUGAGUUGCUGAUCACAUAA